AUCCGCUCUCGCACUUGCGUAUGUUUUGAUCGAAGACAGAGCCACUUUUGUUGAGGACACAGUCCGGUGCUCUCAGUCUGUCACGACCUUUGCUUCUGUUAUCGCGUAUUGGGUCGUUCAAACUGUGAAUAGGCGAUCGCACAGAUAACAAAGUUUGACAGUUCGUUUCGGGAUUGCCGCGUCUGAUACUUGUAUUUUUCACCUGUCUUGAAACCCCAGGUAAUCAUCGCGAGAUUUCACUGACAGGGUUUGGUCAAAAUCUCAUGACGGCGGAAAGAAAGUGGAGUUUUGAUUGGGAAAACCAAAACAAAUGUGAUCAGUGAUCUUUAUAAACAACAUCUUUUUCUCCGGAGUAAUGAGCCAACCACCCAGAAACCAACGUACACAGAGAGAGAGAAAUGGUGAAGAGAGAAGACAAAAUGGUGAAAAGAGAGACAGAGACCCCCGGAGUCAACAGGAACGUAGUGACCGACGACCAGGCAGUGAGAGAACCAGAUCAUCUGGCCAGUCCUCAUACCACACCAGAGGGUCUCAGAGACCUGCGAGGAGCACUUCUCAGAGGGAGCACAUGGAGUCUAAGUGCACUUACAUCUGUUCUAGGAGAGGUAUUGUGUUGAUUUGCACCGUCCUGACCAAUGCCUUGGUGCUCAUCUGCAUCGUGGCUGCCCACAUGUCACAGCUAGGCAUGUCUGCGAUGGGAAUGGGUGGAACGAGCUUCGUUGAUGCUAUCAUUCCUUUCGAGGGGACGGAGCUGCAGAAGGUGCGUGAACUUGACAUGCAGUACGGACAAAUGAGAGCACCUGGAGUCUAUGGAGGCGUAGCCUUCAGCCUCACUUUCGGUGCUCUUUCGCUCCUAUUCGUAGUUUCCAGUGGCAAACCCGCCCACGUGCUUCCACGGAAGCUCCUGAUUGGACAGUUUGCAUUCCAGAUCAUUGGUGCAGUGGCUUACGUGAUUGCGGUGGCUUUGUACCUGCACCUCGUGAUCUCUGUGAACUCAACAGACGUGUGCACCAUGCGUGAGCGACUGUACGCUCGUAACGGAUAUACCUGGAUGAAUUGUAGUGUGAAUGGGGGGGACGCAUCCGUAGCACUGUUUGGAAUCAUAACCGCAAUUCUCUAUGCCGUUGGUGCUGUUUUUACUGCCAAAACAAUCCGGGAUGUCGAUUGUUUUCUUAAGGAGCGUGAUCACUUUGAAGCUGAACAAAGAGAGCAACCCAGAGGUCCUCAGACGAGACCUCUUAAUUCUGACAUUUACAUCUGAGUUGUGGAGCAUAAGCAUUAUUGACUGUAUAUAAACUGUUUUUAUGUUUCUUAAGAUUUUUUUUUACUGAAAAAACAGUUUUAGGACUUUUUAUGCAUAUUAGAGUGCAAUUGAUCUCAGGAUAUAGUUAUUAAUAUAGUUUUGUCUUUAAAAUGUUUUAAUUAAUAAAUAUUGAAUACAGUAAAAAAUGAAA